CUGAAAAGACUGAGUACACCCAUGAGUGAGAACAAAGAGGAAGGAGCAAGACAAAGUGCUUGUGUAACAGUUUCAAUACCUUAUCAAAAGGUGGAGCCCGACCUUCUGAGAAGCACGGCUCGAAUAUGUUGUGGAUUUAAAAGAACUGCAAGAAUGAAAUUAUUGGACUGAAGAGAGCAAAGCCUGGAGUAGAUCAUGGGAGGUGUGACUUUUGUGCCACCAUCCACGAACCAGACACAACUCAGCAACAUCACCAAUUCACCACCAGAAUAUAAUGAUGUAGAACUUGUGCUGCUUGGUGUUGCCAUGGCUAUUCUUGUCCUAGCAAUAGUUUUUGGUAAUGUGUUGGUGAUUACAGCCAUCCUGCGCUUCCAGAGGCUCCAAACUAUCACCAACCUCUUCAUUGCCUCACUGGCGGUUGCUGACCUCAUCAUGGGUGUGAUUGUGGUCCCUUUUAGCUCCAGUAACAUCCUGCUGAAAAGCUGGGUGUUCGGAAACUUCAUGUGUGACUUCUGGACGGCAACUGAUGUGUUGUGUGUGACAGCCAGCAUAGAAACACUGUGUGUGAUUUCUCUGGACCGCUACCUUGCUAUUACAAGGCCUCUCCGCUAUCCGACACUGCUCACCAGGGCUCGGGCUUUCACUGUGGUGUUUGUGGUUUGGGCAGUGGCCUCGCUCAUCUCCUUCCUGCCCAUCUAUCUCAAAGUCUGGGUGUCAGACAAAAAAUCAGCUGUUGAAUGCUUAUACAGUGAGACCUGCUGUGAAUUCAACACCAGUGCAACAUAUGCAGUCUGUUCCUCAAUUGUGUCUUUCUAUCUGCCGCUGGUGGUGAUGAUUUUCCUUUACACCCGUGUAUUCCAAGAGGCUCAGAAGCAGCUGGAAAAGAUCCGAGGAAGGCAACGGCACUUCUACCACCUACAUAAGUCUGCACUGUUGACUUACCCAGAAGACAGCCCUGCAAUGAAUAAACUCAGGACAGGAGUGGAUGGAGAGGACAGACUGAACAUGCAGCAAACUGAGGAUACGGACAACAGGCAAGAGGAGAAGAGAGAAGAAAAUAGAGUGAGGAUAGAAAAAGAAGGCAGGCAAUCUGCUGCAAAGCGUCUCAAGUUCUGUCUUAAAGAGCACAAGGCUGUGAAAACUCUGGGAAUCAUCAUGGGAACUUUCACAUUGUGUUGGCUACCAUUUUUCAUUGUCAAUAUCGUCGUAGCGUUUGUAGAUCUCGAUGACUAUAAGGAACUAUUUCGAUUCCUUAACUGGCUAGGUUAUUCCAACUCUGCCUUCAACCCCCUCAUCUACUGCCGCAGUCCUGAUUUCUGGCACGCCUUUCAGGAGAUCCUUCAUUUGAGGGGCAGAAUCUUUGGAUGGAAGGGGGCAUGUGGAUGGUGUAGUGAGAGACACAACUACCCCAAUACUCCACAGAGGCAGAAUGGGAACUCAGACUUGAGUCGUGUCAGGGGGCUGGACACUCAGGAAACAUCAGUGUGGAAAGGAAGUCUGGAGAGCUCAAUUCAAGACAGCUCUCUGACCCUGGCUCUACCAGCGUCAUGCUCAGAGCAGGUUCUAGAUGUAGCUCCCGGUUCCUCGACCAGUUGGGAGGAAAACAGCUCCCGCAGUAGGACUUGUAAGGAAAAUGUUGCUUCUAUUGCUUGACCAAAAACAAUGACAUUAGACCUUAAAUUAAAGGGGUGGUAUCAUGUAAAAUUAACUUUUUUGAGCUUUGCAUAAUAUAUUAACUUUAUUCCCUUAUCAAAAACAUACAUGUAGUGUUGCCUCAAUUCUUUAAAGUUUGAGAAAUCUUUUAAUCUCAAAUGGCAACUGUUCAACUGUCCAAAACGCCUGGCUAGACCUAGCUCCACCUUCAAGGACGCAGCUCCUCCUAGGAGUUACAGUUUCCAAGCUUCCGCCUCACAGAGCAUCCCUCUCAUUAGGGUCUUCCCCCCUAUUCAGCUCCUUCAGACUAGCCAGCACCAAUUAGCAAACACCUGGUGGCAUUGUGCAUCUGCUGAGCUUAUUAU